AUGUUCCCAAGACCACCUCCAGCUGUAACUAGAAACAUCUCGAGAAAUUUCUCGGAUCUCAGAAGUCGAUGUUUUUCUUCUCCUCCGACCGCCGGGAGCCACUGCAAACCCAGAGAUGACGUAGCUGUCAUCGCUGAUCUCAUAGAGAAGCAGCACUGGUCAAAGCUCGGAUUUCAUCUGAAAGACGUAAACCCCAACGAGCUUUUCCAACAGUUGAUAAGUUCGGAGCUUGACCCAGAUUUGUGCCUCAGAUACUAUACCUGGUUAGCGAAGAACCGUGACAUCUCUGUUUCGCUAGAGCUCACAUUCAAGCUAUUGCAUUCUCUCGCGAAUGCGAAAAGGUACUCAAAGCUCCGAUCUUUCCUUGAUGGGUUCGUGAGGAACGGAUCCGAUCAUUCGGUUCACUCGAUUUUCCACUCGAUUUCAAUGUGUGGCAAUGUCUGCGUCAAUUCGAUUAUAGCUGAUAUGUUGGUAUUAGCUUACGCGAACAAUUCGAGAUCCGAGCUAGGAUUUGAGGCGUUUAAGCGGUCAGGUGAUUAUGGUUACAAGUUAUCGGCUUUGUCCUGUAAGCCAUUGAUGAUUGCGUUGCUGAAGGAGAAUCGGUUCGCGGAUGUUGAAUAUGUACAUAAGGAGAUGAUUAGGAGAAAGAUUCAACCAAAUUUGUUCACUUACAACGUCCUGAUCAACGCCUUGUGCAAAACGGGGAAGAUGAACAGAGCAAAGGAUGUUAUGGAGGACAUGGAAGUGUAUGGAGUCUCUCCGAAUGUAGUCAGUUACAACACUCUCAUCGACGGGUACUGUAAGCUUGGAGGGAUCGGGAAAAUGUACAAAGCAGACGCGGUUUUGAAGGAGAUGGUUGAGAGUCAAGUGUCACCGAACUUGACCACGUUCAAUAUAUUGAUUGAUGGGUUUUGGAAAGAUGGGAAUUACUCUGGGAGUGUGAAGGUGUUCAAGGAGAUGUUGGAUCAGGACGUGAAACCGAAUGUGAUCACUUAUAAUUCGCUGAUUAAUGGUUUGUGCAGUGGAGGGAAGAUAAGCGAGGCUAUUGGUAUGCAUGAUAAGAUGGUGAGCGAAGGUGUGGAGCCUAACUUGAUUACUUACAACUCUCUUAUAAACGGGUUUUGCAAGAACAGUAUGGUUAAGGAAGCUCUUGAUAUGUUUGAGUCGGUGAAAGGUCAGGGACUCGUUGUUACUGCUAAAACGUAUAACAUGUUGAUCGAUGCGUAUUGUAAGUUAGGGAAGAUUGAGGACGGGUUUGCAUUGAAGGAAGAGAUGGAACAGGAAGGGAUUGUACCGAACGUUGAAACUUAUAACUGCUUGAUUGGUGGUUUGUGUAGAGAUGAUCAAAUGGGAGAAGCUAAGAAGCUUUUUGAUCAGUUGACUAGUAAAGGGCUUACCGAUCUUGUGACGUAUCACAUACUCAUGGAUGGUUAUUGCAGUAAAGGAGAGUCGAGAAAAGCAGCGACGCUUUUGAAAGAAGGGAUGUUAAAGAUGGGUCUUAAACCGAGACAUCUGACGUAUAACAUUUUGAUGGAAGGUUAUUGUAAAGAAGGAAACCUGAAGGCGGCAACGAAUGUGAGGAAGCAGAUGGAGAAAGAGAGAAGGUUGAGGAUGAAUGUAGCGUCGUAUAAUGUGCUUCUUCAAGGAUAUUCCCAAAAGGGAAAGAUGGAGGAUGCAAACAGGCUUUUGAAUGAGAUGCUGGAGAGAGGUUUGAUACCUAACCGAAUAACGUAUGAGAUAGUUAAAGCAGAGAUGGUAGAUAAAGGUUUUGUUCCAGACAUUGAAGGGCAUCUAUUUAGCGUCUCCACAAGAUCAUAA